CAGAAAUAUCAGCCAUUGAUGAAUCUGACUCUGUAAUAGACCAGCAAAAUAAUGUCAACACUAAGUCAAUGGAAGAAGUACAUGUAUCUGAGGUAAUUGCAGAGCAAUCGGUAUCAGAUAAGUCAGUUAAAUUUAUCAGAGAUGCGAGAUCCAAGGCUGUGCAAUCAGAAUGGUUUGACUCUCACUUUAUAGAUCGAAGAGAGAAGAAUUUGGAUUCAGAGUUACUCAUAGCCGAUAUCUCUGGUAUCAAUUCUCAGGAUUCUGUUAUUUCCUUGAAUGAAAAAGAUAGACAAGAUAUUUAUCUUGCCAGUCCAUCAUCUGAAUCAUGUAUUGCUUCGCCCAGCUUUGAAAAUAGUAAGGAGGGGAAAGUUCCCUAUAAACAAAAAGUAAAAAAAGGUUUAGUAUGUGAAUUACUUGAAUUCAUUAGAAGCUAUGAAUCCUUACCAAAUUUUACUACAUUUAGUAAACAAAUUCCAGUUGAUUUUGAUCUAGCUUCAGAAUGUCAAAAAGUGAUCAGCAGAAAGAGUUUUUCACGUUCACAUGAUCUACUAGCCGAAUUGAAUAAGUCUGAAUUGAAAAAAUCACCAGAUGUCAGGAAUAAAUCAAUUACUUGGUGUCGAGAUGCUUUUGAAUAUAUCGAUCCUGAAGCCAAAUGCCCGGCAUGUAAGAGUGUUCACAUGCAUCGGUGUAUAUGGGGUGACUGGACUUGCCAGGACAAAAAUAACUUUUAUUAUCUUAUGUGUCCCUGGGAUAUUUAUGAAAACAAAAAAGUCAAAAUUGCUAUACAGGACUAG